AUGUUCUAUUCUGAGACGCUGCUCCAGAAGACCGGGCCUCUGGCCCGCGUCUGGCUGUCUGCCAACCUGGAGCGCAAGCUGUCAAAGCAACAUAUCCUGCAGUCCAACCUCACCGAGAGUGUCGAGCAGAUCAUCACACCCAGCCAGGCUCCAAUGGCACUGAGAUUGACCGGCCAGUUGCUCCUCGGCGUCGUCAGGAUUUACAGCCGUAAGGCUCGUUACCUGCUCGACGAUUGCAAUGAGGCCCUGGUGAAGAUCAAGAUGGCUUUCCGCUCUUCAGGAAACAACGACAUUCCUGUCAACCUGCAAGUACCAAACCGGGAGUCUCUCUUGCUACCGGAUCGCAUUACACCUUAUGACAACCUCGACCUGCUUCCAGCCCCUGAUGUCGACCUGCUUUUGAGCACCCAAGACCUUGAUAUUUCUCAGCCUGUGGGUCGCAAAGGUCGUGUUAGCAACCGAGACAUCAACUUACAGGAGGACUUCAACAACAGCCAAUUCCUAGGAGAUGGACUGGAGAAGGACGAUGGCUUGGCUCUGGCCAACGUGGAUGACCUCGAUUUGCAGCUUGAUUUUGGUAUGGAUAUCGACGAAGGCCCGACCAGGAUGACCGUGGAAAUGGGUCGUGAGGCCCCAGCUGCUCGAGGUGUCGAGGAGGACAUAUUCAGUGAAUUCGACCUGCCCCAGCUUGCCAAGGAUAGGGACCACGACCAGUCCACUGCGCUCGGUUUCGGAGACAACGGAGUGCGCAUUCACGAUGAUGACGGAGACAUCAUGAUGGGAGACGACGAUUUCCGACUAGAUCUUGGAGACCAGUCUGCACUGCACCGGGGCGCGGAUGGAGCUGAUGUGCCCCGGGGUCGCAUUUCCGAAUCGCCGCUCUCUGACAUCGACGAGGAAUUUGCCAAGGAAAUCGAGAUUGAAUACAGUCGACACGCAAACAACACGGACAUGUACGAGCCGAACGACGACGAGGAGUCGGCAAUGGUGCGGAACGCGCCUCAGAGGUCCAAGAAGAGGAAGAUUAUUGCCCCUGAUGAGCAGACCAUGCUCACAGGCGCUGUCAUCAAGGAGCAACAAUCAAAGCACGACAAUAUCCUCAAGCCCCAGGUGUUCCUGCCGCGCGAUCCUUACUUAUUGGCAUUGAUGGAGAUGCAGAAGAACGGUGGCUUCGUCUCCAGUGUUAUGAUGGACGGCCAAAGCGCGACCUGGGCACCAGAGUUGAAGGGUCUGCUUUCCUUGGACGCGAUUCGUGCGCCCACUGAUCUGAAGAGGAAGCGAGAUAGCGGCAUCGCAGACAUGGAUGUGGAGGGGGAGCAAGGCACGUCAAAGUCGCCACGGCUCGAAAUCGACCAAGAUGACCCGUUCGCAGUCGGCGCGACCGACCUCGGCAACCAGUCUGUGGCAGCUGAUGGCACGAUACUGGAGAUAGAGGGCGACGAUGGCAUGGGAGCCUACGAUGACGAGGGCUCCGCCUUGCCGAACUUCGACGACACAAUGCCUCCAGCUGUACACCCUGCAGACAACGGCCCAGUCUCUGUUGGCACCAAGCAUGCUGUGCACAUCCUGCGUGACCUGUUUGGCGAUGAGGCCGCCACCAGCGCAGAGAAACGCAAGAAGACGUCUGUCGUUUUCCAGGAGCUCUUGCCGGAGAAGAAGACGACCAAAGCAGAUGCCACCAAGAUGUUCUUCGAGUGCCUGGUGCUUGCCACCAAGGAUGCAAUCAAAGUCGAGCAGCCCGACGGCAAGCUGGGCGGUGCUAUCCGCGUGCGAGGCAAGCGAGGCCUCUGGGGUGCCUGGGCCGAGCGCGAGGCUGGCGGCGAGAUUGAUGAGCAGGCCGAGGAGAACAACGAGGCUCAAGCUCCAAACCAGCCAGAGCCGGCAAUCGACACCAGCUCAGCGGCUGUUCCUGUCUCGGCCUAA